UUAAAGCUUCAAAAAGCAUCAAAAACCCAACACCCGAAUUUGCCAGAUUUCAAGCAGUGUAUAACCUGCCUAAAGGGCCACCCACAGCAUGAAUUUGAGCCAUGUAUGACAGCCAUAGACUGCCAUAAAGUGGAUGCCAGGGCGGACUGACCAUUUGGAAACCUGGGCACUGCCCGAGGGCCCGGGGUCAGUAGGGGACCCCAUGAGAUGCCCCUGGUACCUUUUUCAUAGGCUUUUUUGAGUUUGGGCAAGGACACAGGGGCCCCAUGACCCCCUAUUGCCCGGGGGCCCCAU